AUCGAUUAUCGAGCCGCUGUGUUGGCUAUCUCGUUACGGGUAGUUGAAAGGGUCGGGAGAAAGAACGAUCUAAUCAUGCUUACGGAGAAAGAACAGCUCGCUUCAGCGGAUGAGGAGAAGAUUAAAACGGUGGGAUGGAUGACCAAUGUUGCUUUUCGAUUAGGGAAGGUACAUGCUUUGGGAGAUGUCGAAGUCUUAGACGUAAACACUUACGACGUCCUUUUCGGCCUUCCCACUCUUGUGGCCUUGCGAGCCAAUCUGGAUUUCGAUACACGAUCGAUUGUCCUCCGAAAUAGAGGAGGAAAACCUUACGUUGUACCGAUGAGAUUGACCCUUCGUACCACCACUAACGUAACUCCACAAGUUUCUCCCAUGAUGGCGGGAACCCUCCGCGUAAUCACCUGGGAUAACUCCACAGACGACGGGCAACCGUCAAAGGACACGGACAGCAGCGACGAGGAUGAUCCAGUGAUCCUGGAGAUGGCACAACAGCGUAUCCAUUAUCCUGUGCAACGAGCAAACAUAAGAUCGCUAAGCCUAACUGAUAAGAGUCUACAGAGAGCGCAAGCCAUGAUUAUGGGUGAACCCCUCGUGCAGAUUUCGAGGAUGGUCGAUUCUUUGGAACCCCCUCGAACCCUAUACAAAGGCGUCUCCCCUUUACUCGCACGAUAUAAUGACAAAAGACGCUACUGCGACAUCACGAAUCUUCCACGAUCUCUUUUGACACCUGCAAAAGAGAUACGAUUGAUAUGUUUAGGGGCGGAGACCAAUUCUUUGGAACCCCCUGAGCGCCUCGAAACCGGACUCGGAAUUAAAAUCGCAAUGAAACCCGUGCCAUGGAAGGACAUUCGAGACGGAAUAACACCGGAAGAACACGUGGCCAUUCGAGAACAGGAUGCACAGAUGAUGGCCACCGUAUUCUCCUGGCGGUCGGAUAAUUCGUUUAUUUCCGCGCCCCCCCCCGAAAACACUAAGCAGGUGAGUAUGAAACACCUCGAUGUACGGAUAUGGGAUGAGCUGUACGAGUUGCACGUGCCCCAAUACGUACCUGAUGAGAUCCAUCAUCUCAUCGCGGAAAUUCUAAAAGACUACAAGGGAGCGAUUAGUCUGAUGGACACAGACAUUGGGCUGUCAUUAGUCAUGCAGCACGAGAUUCAAACCGGAAACCAUCCCCCGAUUCAUUGUAAGCCCUACAGAUACUCCCUGGUGGAACGAAAAACGACCCUUGAGCGGAUUCGAGAAUUCGAAGCUAACGUUUGGAUCGAACCCUCCACCGGGCCAUGGUCGUUCCCAGUAGUAUUGGUGCCAGAAAAGAAUGGAUCGAUUCGCAUAUGCAUUGAUUAUCACAAGUUGAAUGACAUCACGAUUAAAGAUGUGUACCCCCUUCCCAGGAUUGAUGAUUUGCUGGAUGCGAUUGGAUGUGCUAAUUAUUUCAGUAAAUUUGAUAUUCGCCACGGUUUUCAUCACAUCCUGGUUAAGGAGGAAGAUCGGCAAAAAACGGCCUUCGUAUUAUUUGAAGGCACGUGGCAGUGGGUUCGAUGUCCGAUGGGGAUUUGCAACGUGCCUGCCACAUUUCAACGGGCUAUGAACAUGACGUUCCAGAACUUUGUCAACAAGACGCGGCUCACUCAGGGGAUGAUUAAUUUCUGCGUCAUCGUGUACAUGGACGACAUCCUCGUCUACUCGGAGACCUUUCACGGGCAUGCACAGCGGAUCGAAUGGACACUGGGAGCUCUGAGAGAUGCUGGGUUCAAGAUCGCGCUCGAGAAAAGCGAGUUUUUUCUUUCGGAAAUCUCGUUCUUGGGUUACGUGGUGACACGUAGAGGACUGCGGCCGGACUCGAGAAAGGUCGCGGAGGUGAAGGACGUCCCUGUCCCCACGUCAUUGACGCAAGAAUACGACUUCGACAUCAUCCAUCGAAAGACGGAGAGGCACGGCAACGCGGACGGGUUGACACGUCUGCAUCACCCCUCUAAGAGGAGGACGACGAUUCCUAUCGCUCUCGUCCCCUCCUGCUUCUCUUACUCCGUCCUUGUUGCCAUCGCCAUGAGUUUUCUCACCGAGCGGGCUCUCGGCGAUCACAUGCUGGCGCCACCUGGUGACAUCUCGGCAAUUCGGCAAGUUCAUCACCCGCGAUUCAAUCCAGACCUUCUACGGCUCGCGCAGUUCUUCAGCACUACCGGGGUGUACGCAGCGGCGGAGUUCCGAUUCACGGGCCAUCGGCAAGCGAUCGUAUUGGCAGAGGCGAUGGCGGUUCGACGGCUGUCAGCGUCGGGAGUUAGCCACGUAUCUAUCGUCGUCAUCUUCAGCGGUGACAUUAGCGCGAUCAGCCCUCUACGACACACGACCAUCCGGACGUCGCUAAGGGAGUGGGGUCAGCAGCUGGCAGCAGAGUGGAAUCAGUGGCUUACGCGCCGCGGCAAUAAUCUUGUCCCCACGGACGACAUCGACGUCGGAGGGCUCCGAAGGUCUCGCCACGAGCCGGCGGUGGUGCUCCCGGAGCUCCUGAUGUGGACGAGGGACAUAGAGCACCGCGCCUGGAUCGCAUACGUGGAGCUGUUGAUCAUCCAAGCUUGGAGAACGGAGGUGGAAGGAGACCUUCUCGGGUUUCUAUUCGGAUCAGUGCGACCCGACCAUCGGCAGCAGAUCGUACAGGAGCUCACGACUCCCCUCACGCAGCUGGUCGACGAUCUCCCUCUCGAUAUCGUUUCGCAGUGCGACGAGACCCCGGAGGAGGAUCCCGAGGCGGCGCGAAGAAGAGAGGAGAUCGCAGUCAGGAAGCAGCCGCUGGAGCUCGCAAGUGGAGUGGAUCUGCCGAUCCCGAACGACCCAGCCAAGGAUCCCGAGCCGCCCAAGAACGACGAUGGGGACCUUGCUGCCGAGACUUCGAGCGCACCGGCCCGACGGCGACGAAGUUGAUCCCCCUCCCCCUCCACCUCCGCCUGUCCACCAGUUCGAGCUCGUACCGAUGCGGGGCAUCGGGCUUCGUCCCCGGUCCUUAUCCCGUCG